UUUUUUUUUAAAAAGAUGUCACGCGAAUCAACGUGCCGAUACCAAAUUUCUCGACUGUAAUCAAUAACGUAAAUCUUGUAACGAAAAUAGACGAUAGAAAUAUUUCGAUAAAAGUGAUACAACGUACACCAAGUUACGUUCGUUUUUAAGGUGCUCUUGCAUAGGUUUACGAAAUACUACGAAGUAUGACGAAGCAUGACGAAGUUUGUUACGUCGGGUCGAUAAUCCAUCCUCGAAGUUACGACGAACGAACUGUAUCCAGUUGUCCUACGAUAUUCGGCUUUUCCGUGCACUCCAAAAACACAUCGCUCAAACCCGAGCGACAUGAUAUUCGCAUUGGGACGAUCGAUUUACAUUUCGUGAAAAUUCUGUUCAAAGAAAAUCGUAACGAAAUGCAUCGACACGUGGGAAUAUUAACAAUUCUGACGACCUUUGUCUGUGCUGAGAAUAUUCUAAUGACCGAGGUCUUUGUCAUACCUAUCAGACCGGAAACUUUCGAUUGGAGUCCAGAUGAAGGAAAAUACGAUCAGUUUACGUACCAACCGUCCUUGCUCAACGCUCCCGAUCUUCCUUCAUGGAUUCACUAUGUUCAUAGUAAAAGAGAUCACGGUGGAUUUCUUUAUGGUGUCGCACCCAAAAAUCAAAAAUAUUUUCAAUUGGAGAUUGUUGGUCUGAACAAGCACACGUACGAGACGAAAUAUAAAGUACUCGACAUCAACGUUCUUGAGAAACAGAAUUUAACGAGAUAUGAGGUCAACUUAAAAAUCGAUAAUCUCAAUGUGGAAGAUACGUUUGGUCGUAAUCGAACCGAAAAACUUCUUGAUGUUUUCAGAAACAAACUUUGGACGACUGCCACGGAUUUGUAUGUCACUUUUCUGGCUUCAGCGGUCGAACUCGGUGCGCGUUUACCCCUUAAACCUGGAGAAAGCGAGGGAGUCGUCAUGAGACUGGGCAGUUCGGUACCAUUUUCACAAGAGUUGAUAGAACUUCAAAAGGAAGUAAAACCGCUUUGGAAGUUACUACCAUCCUGUCCAAGAGAUUUGAAAAGAACGAGCGUGGAGAGACUAUUCAGAGAAGCCGGUUUCUUAUUGGAUUGGUGUUCCUUCAAACUGAUCACAAGCGACGAGCAACCAGGAAGUUCGAGACAUGGACCGAGUAUGAACAUCGUUGGUUUACCAUCUUCUGGAAUCUCUGAACAUAGCGAAUGGCAAUGGGCAAGAUCAACGAAAGCUGAUAUUCCUACGAGAAGUUAUUUCAAAGAAAUCGUUACAACGAUCUUCGUACCAACGAUAUUACUUCUUCUUUUGGCCACUUCUCUGAGUACAGCACUUUGUCUUCAUCGUGACAAAAUCAAAAAAACAGAAUCUUCGUCGGUAGAAACAAUGAGCAAGAAUGGAGUGCAAAUGGUACAAUAUGUAGCUCCUGAGAGAGGUACUUUGAGAUCAUUAUCUGUACCACCUUCCAGUCCUAAUGACUCUUUAACACGUACACCGAGAAUUUCUAAUGAACGUUGUAAUCCAUAUAUUCGACCUAAUCCGCCACCUUAUACUGGACCAAGCAAUUUCGUAGGUAUGAGGACAGAUUUCUGACUAUACGAGGAGCCAGGAAAAACGUGGUUUUGCUAAGCACAUACGAUAAAAAUACAUUUGCGCUUUGGACAGAGAAAUUGCAAAAUCAUCGAAACUGGCUCCAUAAAUUAUAAUUAGUGCUUAAAUCAACGAUAAAGUAGUUAACUUAAUUAAGUGUGCUCUACAUAUUUCAUUUAAAGGAGCCUUAGACUAUAUAACAUAAAAUGAUAAUCUUUUAAUAAUAACAAAUAAAGUCAUAAUAAAAUUGUCUAAAUUUC